GAGCCGCCUCGGCGCCCGUGGCCGCCGCCCGCCCGCACCGUCGAUGGCAGCAGCUUCCCAGAGUCUGGGCGAAGCCGGCGCCGUCCAGGGCCGCCCGCCGCAAGCGCCCGAAGCCCGGGCAGGCCCAGGAAACCGCUGCAUGGGAUUCAGGAACCAGAUCCAGCAGGUCCUGGGCUGGAAGAAGGGGGUCAAACAACUGUCAGCCGCCGGGGAAUCACGGCCUGGGCAGCCCGGGCAGGACAGGGGCGUCGGGUCAGAGCUGGGCACCCAACCUGGUUCAGGUAACACCAGGUUAGAGCAGGGCGCCCAGUUUGUCCCGGUUAAAUGUGUUGGGUCGGAGUCAGGCAUUCAGUUAGCCCUGGAUAAGGUGGUGAGACCUGGGAAGAGCCAGAUGGUAGUUGUUGGCAAUUCUGAAUUAGAACAAAGAAUCAAACCAGCAGGUCUGAAUUUGAUUUCACCGUCAAGCAAGGAGCAAAUAGUUGUUUCCACCUUAGAAAAGGUCAGUUCUGUGCUUGAGUUGGGCAAAAGAAUAACACAGGUCACUCAGUCCGCCCUGGGUAAGGAUGGAGGCUCAGGGCAGGUCACCCAGUACACCAAGAGAGAGAGUGUUGGUUUAAGGCACGUUGUGGGUAAGGGUGUUGGUGUAGGGCAGAACACCCAGUCUCGUGAGGGUGUUGAUGUGGGGCACAUCACUCAGUUCACAAUGGGUAAUGGUGUUGGUUUAGGACAGAUCACCCAGUCCACCAAGGGCGAGAGUGCUGGUUUAGGACAGAUCACCCAGUCCACUAAGGGUGAGGGUGUUGGUGUAGGACAGAUCAGCCAAUCCACUAUGGGAAAGGGUGUUGGUUUAGGACGGUCCACCCAGUCCACUGAGGGUGAGGGUGUAGGUUUACAGCAGGUCACCCAGUCCACUGAGGGUGAGGGUGUUGGUUUAGGGCAGGGCACCAAUCUAACUGCAAUGGGUAAAAGUGGUGGUUUAAAAUGUAUCACCCAAUCUAUCCAGUAUACCCUGAGUGAGAUUGAUAAUUCAAAGCACCUCACCCAAUUCACAAUGGGUGAGAGAGGCAGUUUGGAGCAAGUCACCCAGUUUUCAUUGCCUGAUGAUUUAAACCAGGUUUUGCAGCCGGUAUUGAGUAAGAGUAAUGGGUUAGAGCAGAUACCUCAGUGUGCACAUGGUAAGAAAAGUGGGUCAGAGAAGGUCAACCAGUGUACGCUAGGUAAGAAGGGUGAGUUAAACCAGGAUAACCAGUCAGUUGAUAGUUCAGGACCAGAAAAGCAGAACCAAUUUAGUGUUAACGAUCAGGAAUCGGAAAAAGACAUUGGUCAUGCUCAGGUUAAUGGCAUAGUGCCAGAGCUGACCAACCCCAUGACAAAUGGAAUGAAACCGGCAUUCGAUCCAAGUAUUGAGAGUGCUGUGCAAUUGAAGCUGGAAUCAGAAGAAGAAGCGCAUGUAGAAGGGAUGAGUUUUCAACCUGUACAACCCAAAUCAUCAUUUAUGUAUAGAACCACAAAGUCAAUGGAGCAGAUUAAGCCUACCGUGUGUCAGGAUGCAAAAUCAGCUUGGGGCAAGAGAUUGGAGCAAUGUGUUCACGUCCCCUCAAGUGACAGCAGGACUUUCAAACAACAGAUGAAGUUUUUCAAAUGCCAAGAUGUGGAGUCCCUGGACCCCACUCAGAAAGCAGAACUCGAACAGCAGAUCUUUAUUACCCUUACGCAAAAUCGGAGUUACAUCUCAGGCCUAUGUGAUAGUGUGCACUUGGCUGAUGGGCUUAGCUCACAGAAUGACUUGCAUAGCGCACAAGAUGGCUCCCAUCUUGGUCCAGGUAAAAGGGACUGGCUGUUACAGCCGACAGUGCGGAAACGAGCAAAAUCAUGUCCGGGCUCCCCAGAAGAGAGGCGAGGGAGCAACAGAAGCGAUGGCAGUAGUAGGGUGAGAUUUGCAGAUUCAUUAGGCUUAGAGUUAACAGAAGUUCGAAACUUUGACUCAUCAGUAGAGCCAACAGUGCCAUCACAUGUCCUGGCCAGCUACAGUGCCACUGAUCCCACAGAACAUGUGAUAUGGGUGCAGCGUUUCAAAAUGGAAUUCACCAAUCCCAAGGACGAUGAGAACUUCAGUGAACGACUGAAUAGCCAGAAGGUGUGCCUGGAAGCAUUGACAGAGUCAGAACUGGUUAUCAGUGGCACCAUCCUGGUCAUUAACCUGGCAUACCAUAAGGAGGUGACAGUCCGUUAUACCUGCACUGAUUGGAGUCUCUUCACUGAUGUUUCAGCCCUAUUUGAAAGCAAUGUUGAUGGCAAAAUGGACCGCUUCACAUUCUCACUGAAUCCUACUACACACAUGCUCCCGGCAGCCACCUGCCUGCAGUUUGCUAUCAAGUACAGUGUUGAUGGAGUAGAGUUCUGGGACAACAACAAUGGUAUCAAUUACAAGAUGACAUACCAGUCUCUUCAAGUCACUGUCUCUGUCCCUGAUGACAACAAGGAUGAGACGGUCGGUUUAAAUUGACCUUCAGCAACUGGCACCAAAAACAAAGACAAGUUGACCAAGGCUGCAGCAAUGAUCAGGCAAAACACACCACCCUGGAACUAAGAAACUGCAGAGAAGAUUAUCAGGAGCUACCUGCAGUGCACAAGAUAACUUGAGAUCAGGUGGGGUUAUUUCCUCACAGGUGGAAUUCAAGAGGAUAAAUAUAUGAUUCAAUUGAAGAAUGCAAGAAUGACAAAAGCAGGAUCCACUGCAAAUAUUGACUAGAAUUGUGAGUCAGCAGUAACGACCUGUCCAAACUUUCUACAGGAAGUAAGAAGCCAUUCAAGCAACUAAUUGCAUAAUGAAAAUUCAGUUUACGUCCCGUAAUGUUUGGCCACACGAAAAAUAGACAGUUGCAUCUAGUAACAUCAGUAUUGGAACAAAUUAAAUGUUCCUUUGUGCACUCUAAGUAACACUCCAAAUGUGGGGGAAGGUGCAUUUGACGUAGAAUUUUCCAAAUCCUGUUUUAUGUUGGAGCAACAUCUCAUGAAUAUCCAUCUUGGACAAAUUCUGGUGAUUAAACAGUUAUUGGUA